AUGACCUUCGAACACAACGAUCUGGCAAAACUUAUGGAUAUUCUGGAAACGGCGGAGAAGUUUAAAAAUCCAGACAGAAAGAACUCCAAAAGAAGAUAUAAGUCGUCUCGACAAGUGAUGAACGACGAGAACAAACGUAUCCAGAAGAAGCGUGACGAGUCGGAAGAACCACUUCCUAACUUAGUCACAUAUCACUCUCUUUCUGCUCCUCCUUCUUUCCGUCCAAUCAAGACUUACUGCGAUAUAACGGGUCUGGCUACCAACUAUAAGAGCCCCAAUACUAGACUCAGGUUCUACGACAAAGAGUGCUAUGAUUUGGUCAAGUCUCUUCCUCCAGGCGUAGAUCAGCAAUAUUUGGCGCUAAGAAAUGCGAACGUCGUGUUGAAGUGA